GAGGUUUUAAAAGUCGCGAAAUCGCAAGUGUCUUCCAACUAUUUUUUCCAAAUAAAAAUAUCUAUAACAGCGAAGUGAAAAAUAAAGCAAGCCAAAAUGUCUACUUCAAGAUAUCAAAUGGAACGCUCACAUUUGUUUCAUAUGCUUCAUAGUUACAUCACAAAUAAGCCGUAUGAUUGUAAUUUGACAGUUGAAAAUGAAACAUUUUCAAUAAUGGCACAUACAGCAAUUCUAUGUGCUUAUAGUCCUGUUUUGAAGACUAUGCUGGAGGAUAACCAAACUGUGAUCAUAAACACCCAAUAUGACAUUAUUGAAGCUUUGCUGGAUCUCAUCUAUUAUGGAUCUUCGAUUUUCUCAGAUAAUCUUUAUGAUGAAGUUCUGAAACUUGCAAAAGAGCUUCAAAUUCCUUUAGGAAAUAUUAAUUCGUUUGCUGCGCAAAGAUUUUUGGAAGAAAACUCUCGUACUACGGAACCACAAGGACAUAACCUACAAAACGUUAACGAAAAUUCGACAGAAAAUGACUCUAGCUGCAGUUUCGACAAACUUACUUUUGAAUUACAAAAUAAUCCUACUAAUUCAAAUCGAGACUUAUCGGAACUUUUCAACAACCCAACAUUUGAAGGAAAUGAGGCUGAAGAAGAAACGUCUAUGACGCAAAAUUUGAAUAGAUUAUUGGAAAGAUAUGCAGCUAAUUUUCCUAAUAUAGAAGAAAUCCCUUCAAUAAGUUUUUUGAACGAUUCACGAACCACAGAUCAAUUUGAAAGUUUGACUAAUAUUAGUGCUGCAGAGACGGGUAAUAUCGAAGAAGAAGUCAUUUCUACUGCACUUCCAGAAAAUUCGGAAAAUAUUCGUAAUGAUGAUACCAAAGAAAUGGGUAAUCUAGAAAGAGCAAUCGUGUCUACCACAGAUUCAACAGAAUGGCAAAAUACUGACAAAGAGAACAUAAAAAAGAAGAAAGUAACUGGAAUUGGAAAAAAAAUUCAACUUCGCAGCCUAAAAAUCUAUUCGUCCUCCAGCUCCCAGACAUCAAGUAGAGUUUUAAGAUGUAUUACAAGUAGAUGUACUCAUUGCUCAAAAGAGUUCAAGAAGAUUGAAAAACAUGAAAUUCGCUGCAGAAAAAACCCAAAACGAAAAAUCAAGUCACCGACUCGAGCUUACAAUAUGCGUCGAUCUCAUAUUUUACCUUAAUUAUUUUCCUUUUAAAUUUGAUUAGAGUUUACUCUAAUAUGAUAUACUUCUAUGAAAAAAUAUCAAACGAAGAUGUGAUAUUUAAUUCUUAGAAACAUAAUUUUAUAUGUACCUGCAAUUGUACCUACCUAGUGUAUCUCACUUAUCUACUAUGAUUUCUGCUUAAUUUUUUUUUGAAAAAUAAAUAUUAUUUCAUUGACGACACUGAUGUGUCUUAAA